CACUUCGUCGGUCGUCCCAGCUAGUUCAAUCACAAGCAGUAGCACGGCGACAGCGAUAAUCAUCAUUGCAGUAUAGUCUGGCUAACAAACUCGCAUUCACGGGUUUUUGGUAACAAGUCUUCGUUCAGAGUUGGUCCCAAGGAUAUCAAUUCCGCUGCAUGUGUCGGUGAGUCUUCAUCUAACAAGCAUCCUCCCCUCCUCCCCUCCAGUAUCAUACUGUACUUAAAGCAGGACGGAUAUGAGGCUCAAAAGGAAGCUUCUGUGAUAUGUAACAGGUCGGCACAUGGUCCGGGAAGUCCCUGACGGAACUAUGCUGCGGUAAGGCGGCUAGGUAAGGUUUCGAUUGCAGUGGCUUACUAGCGUGUGCUUUCAUGGACACCAUCCUCCACUCUCUCCAUGGCUCACCCAUUUUUCUGGCCUGGCAAAUAUUUCUUCUACCCCAUCGGAAACACCUCUGCGGUCUGCUUGACACGCGAUCUUCCUCCGGAGGAACAUGCGGAUAUCCUCAUACUCGGUUGUGGCGACCCUCGACAUAUCCUAUACACCAUUUUCUCUGAGCCUGCCCAAGCUGCCACCCGACAGCUGGACUUCACAUGUGUCGACUUUGAGCCGGGCGUUUUGGCCAGAAAUGCCCUCUUAUUGUCGCUGAUUGCGGACGAAGUUCCUGUCACCACCAUAUGGAACAUAUUCUAUCAUAUGUAUCUUGACCCCGCUUCCCAUUUAGCGUUGAUAUCACAAUGCAAGAAGCUUGUCGAUCUCUCAGAGAACAUGGACGCAUGGCGAGCCUCCCCUUACGGACAGUAUCUACGAUUCUCUACCGAAUUCACCCUCGUGGAAAUGCGCCGCCACUGGUCUCUUUACAUCGCCAUGCCUCAAUUGCCUUCCCGGCGUCAGAAAGCCAUUCGAGACGCGUUCACACAAGUCUUCAAAGGCCGAGGUAACUCCAAAACGACACCCAUGACCUCAGCACGCUCGGCCGGCCCGCUCAUCUUCAGGGCCUGGGACUCCGGCGGAACACAGGCACUCAACUACUGGAAGACUGGGACGACGUUCUUCCAAGCUAAGGACAUAGCGGGCGCGAAGCUGCUGAAUCCUACUUUCGCCUACUGUCUUACCGGAGAGGGAUGCGGCGUACACUACGGGUCCGAUCCUCUGACGACGUUUCACUACGCCGCCCUGUACGGCAAUGCGAAGGUGUCCGUUUCCGCUUCUGACAUGGUUAGAGUCGCCAAAGAACAGUUCUCCGACUGGUGCGCCGCAUUCAACGCGGUCAUCUCCAUUCCCUCCACAGCACCUCGAGUACGAUUUUUCCUAGCGGAAGUUACCGCUGCUUGUCGCGCCCUCCGGGCGUUCGGGACGACGGGCACGCUGAAUAUUGGCAUCCCGGUGGCACAAUUUCGUACCCAGCUUCUUCAUCUGGCUAGACAAGAGUACGUCGAGGAUCAUGCCCCGACCUCAUUCAAUGUCAUCGAGACGUCCAACCUCAUAGACCAUAUCGGUCUACUCAACGUCCUCAUCGCAGCCUUGCCGUUGCUCCACUCAACAUUGUGGAGCGUCCUCUAUACUGAGUCCUUGCUCUUCCAUGGCCUCGACGCGACAAAGGAAUUCGCGGAUCUCUUGUACGCUGACAUCGGCACAGUCGGUCUCCUACUCAAUAUAUGUCCCGUCGACUACCUCGCAGGCUACACCACACGAUCCAACACCCACGAACUCUUGUUGCAUAAGCUCAUUUCGAACAAGGACACCAACCAGAUGAAGCAGUCGCAAUUUCACCAGGUGACCACAUGGAGAUCCCCGACUUCCUGUGACAGCAUCGUGACCCUCCACGACGCUCGCCCUCAAUCGCCUCCUCAGCUUGAACCUCGUCAGCUCGGAACGCUCCUCUUCGACAUCUACCACGCUCUCUUUGAGCAAGAGGACUCGACGACGUUCUGGCGAGAGAACCAGCAGAACAUGCUUCGCGCUGUCGCUUCUGCGAACAUGAUCCACUACAUGCGCGAAGGCUUCGUCCUCUUUCUCAAGCUUGUCCGUGAGAGACUCAGGGUCCCCCACGAGCAGUGGCUAGAAGUGAUGGAUCGCUUCAUGGAUCUCGAGCUCACCGAUGUCACGAUGCCCAUGAAUACCGUCAACCGCAACGAUCUCCAAGCGCAACUAUACCGUCAAGGAGUGUACUCCGUGACGCACUACAGAUUCGGCUCGGUCACGAGGGCCGGACGAUUUCGGGACUGGGACGUUGUCCCGCCUGUCGUGCGCAUUGUCCUCUCUAUCCCUAGGGAGAAGAUUACGAACUUCGAAAGCAUCCUGGAGGAGACCCACACAGGCACGCCGCUAAUCAACUGCGACGUCCUGGGCAUCAUGACCCACAAUAUUUUCGCCGCCAUCCAUGUCGCAUACGGCCGAGCCAUCGCCUCGGGCUCCAAGAGAAGCCCUCGCGUCCUCUUCGAGGAGGACCCCGAAGGAAGAAACGGGACUAUGCCGCUCGUCGCGUCGUGGGUUAUGCCUUCGUUCUUGCUAAUUGAUCUAGAGCCACCAGAGCAGCUGAAUGUUCGCAUGUGCGUCCGGAGCACGAUGGCGACGACGCAGCUGCACGCCAAGAUGGGCUUACACCUCGAUAUCUUCAGCGCUAGUCUUAUGGACGAAGAGCAUGUCCACGUUCUCCCAGAACAACCGAUCCCCCAACGAGACAUCGAGUCUCCCCCAGGUCCGGCUAUCUCACCCAAUUCUACGCUCCGUGCGCAGAUCGGGAGACAAGGCAGAGCGUUCGUGGAGUUGGACGAGCAAUGUGAGCUCGUGAGCGCGUUGAUGGCUAGGAUAGACCUAGAGGACUCCGAUGUCAUACGCGAGUUCAGCGCCGGUGCCAUGCCUGUAGUGGAGCAAGUGUCUCCGUGCCUGAUGCGACUUACCAUUGCGGGACGUUCUCAAGAUGUUGUCUUCCCCUUCCCCGUCAUAGGCAGCCAGAACCGACUUCGACUAGCGCGGAAGUCGCGGUACAUUGAGGUGGUCGUCCCACCCUCAGGACCGUUCCUGAAGCCAGACGGGAUGAAGCUGAACCCAUACCCUGUCAUCGGAAGCGGCAAAGCGCUCUCCCCCUGGAGCGUCCACUGCCUCGCUCUCGAUACUCUUCCCGUGCUGGAUCUCGCAGGUUCCCAGCUCGAUGGGUGGCUCAACCCACACGUCGGGUCCAUGCUCUCCACUCGCGAGCGCUCCAUGCGCAAGAAGCAGAAGUCCGAUGCGCUGCUCUUCGUCAAGGACAGCCUCCACUCCAUCUUUGUCCGCGCUGCUGGUAUCCAAGGCGGCCGGUCGCAGCGGGUUUUUGCUCUCCGCGAUGAGGUGACAAACAAUUGCGACACCGUCCUCUUCAUCAGCGAUAUCCGGUAUGACCUUCACUGCCACACCAUGGUGUGCGACGGAUAUGUCCUCCCCCUCACGCCCGACCUGUUAUCGGAGAUCGUCAGCUUUUUCGGGGAGCUCGUCUAUGGGCCAGAUAUGGUCAACGUAAGGGUCUUUGCAGGAGAGAUGGAGGCGUGGAAGCAGCUCAUCCCCGCGUUCGUCGAGCGCUGUCGCACGUGGGAGCAUGUCGACACGUGCGAGUACCUCAAGAAACAGGAGGUUCCGCUCACGCUGGAGAUGGAGAAAGAUCCUCUGUGCAGCUGUGGGCGGGGUCAGGACGUUGGCGGGCUCGAAAAGGUCAAAGAGUGGCGGCGGUUGGCGCCGUACGUCACCCGGCUUGCGCUAUCGCCGCUCUUUGCGGUGUCGUAUCUGGAGUCCGUUGGACGGGACCCGACGUUACACAAGUGCUCGGUGUGCAGAGGGAAAGGGAAGCCGAAGUUGAUGACUUGCAAAGGCUGCCAGAGGGUCAGGUACUGCUCGACGGCGUGUCAGAAGAAAGACUGGCCGAGGCAUAAGGCGCAGUGUAAGGCGAAAUAGAACAAGUACUUCUAUAUUGUAGGGUAGCGCCAUCGGGCAGGCUCCGUCGCAAGGAGAUGUUCAGAAAAAAUAACACAUGAUACGCCCAU